AUUGGAAUUGGACUAGUUGAAACCGACAUUGUUCAAGACCACAAAUUGGACGAAAAUCAAUAAUGAAAGUGCCCGUUAUAGUAGCUUUGGGUAUUAUAUCAUGUAUUUCAACUACUUUGGCAGAAGGUAAUGAAAAGAAAAGUUAUGUACAGGCAACUGUAUUGUUUUACGUCGACGAUAACGGCAAUAAGGUAGUAGCCGCUGGUCACGUCCCUAAGAAAGUGGUCAAGAUAAUAAAAAGAAACCUUAAAAUGAUGGGGAAGUACGUUAGCGGAGAAAUUACGUCAGCUUUCAAUGAUGUACAUGAUGUACCACCGAUCGAGCAAGCAACUGAAAUAAUUAAACAAAAAUACAAACUCGUUUUCGUAGAAAAUGUUCCAAAAAGUGUUAUGUUUAAGAUAAUGGCACACAAAAGACGACAAAUGUCAAACAUUACAUCCCACUUACAGCAUUAUGAUGUGUCAAAUUACACGGAUAGCGUUAAAAGUCUCACGAAGAACGUGCUAAAUAAGAAUCUCGAUCCAAUCCCGAAACAUUUCGAAACAGCUCCCAUGAUUAUAAAUUCAUACGUUCCCAACACGGUGUACUACGCUAUCAAUUUCACGGAGCACCCAGUUUUUCAUAAGAACAGCAACUUCAAAGACAUCCUCUUUAAGAUGAGCAACGCCUGGAAAAAGAUUAAAUCAGUUAUUUCCUAAAAUUGUUAUGAAAGAUUAAAGUGCCUUC